GUACACGCCCCCUUUUUGGGCAACCUGUUCACAAUUAUUUAUCCGUUCGCCUCGCUGUCGAAAUCAUUUGAUGGGAAGUUAAUAUUCAUAAUAACAAGAAAAUCCAUCUAUGAAAGGAAUUUUCAUUACUAAAUAUAUCGUCCAAAUUAUCUUGUUGGAUCUGGUGAAGCUUCUAAUUUCAACAUACGGUGAAAAAGAUUACAGAAACUACUUUGUUUAUAUCCCCAGCUGGUGCGUAGUAACAUUUGAGGCUUGGCUCGGUUACUAUCUCUAUGUUACGUGCACAGCUCAUGCUCAGCAGCGCAUCAUGCAGCGCAUAUGCAGACCCCUGUUUUCGCUGCUUCCUUUAAAUUAAACAAAUCCCAUAUCGGAAUGCGCAAACCCUAGAUGGAUAUAUGGACGGACUAUACUACGUGGAAAUAUGGGUCGGUACCAGCGAAAUCAUUCGGAAAAUAAUGCCACCAGAACGAAAAUGCAACCUACCUUCGAUGUCAAAAAAAUGGUUUACUGUGUGUCAGUUACAUUCUUGGUUUGCUCAAAUUCAUCGGACAUAUUGUAAAUUUGACACAGUGUCUGGUUGAUAUAUUCUGAAAUUGACAUCAAAUCGGCAUACUAUGAGUAAGAGACGAACAAUAUUUCCUGGUGAACUUGAAAGCAUGGAUGGGGACGACGAGCGCUCAGAUCGAAGCGCAAGCCCGCGAACUAUUGGACAGGAAACUGUUCUACCACCGCAUUCUGAGAGGAGGACUCGAGCGAGCGUGAACCUCGCUCAACGAACGAGGCGGAGGGUGACAAUGGCAGUCGACAGUGUCAGUGUCCAACGUAUCACACAUUCAGGGAGACAACAUGGUCAGCAAGUGCUUAGAAAUAUGCAAGAUGCAAAUGAUCAGGAUAGAAAUGUGAAUGAUAAAUCAAGGAAAAGAAGACGUCCGCGAAGGAAAAAUCGUAAGUGGAAGCCAUACACUCAACUGAGCUGGGAAGAACGCCAGCAACGCGACGAAGAGGAAUCCCGACGUGCAUCUCUCAAGCGAGCCAACCGUCCGACCCCGUACAAUACCACUCAGUUUCUAAUGGAAGAUCAUAAGGUUGAUACUCCAGAUCUUAGUAAUAUGGGAACAUUUGAUGAGAACCAUGAUGUGAAUCUUUCGUCUUCAGAUGAGGUGCUGGAGAAUGAAAAUGAGCAAUAUCUUGUUCGGAACUUCACAGCUGUUUAUGAUGAAGUCCAAUCUGAAAGGCUACAGCAGAUGUCAAAGGAACAGUUAGUGAAUGAAGUUCUGGAACUGUCAAAGAAAGUGUCAGAGUUGGAGCAGAUUUUACGUCCGAGCAGUGGAGGUGGGGGAGAAGGAAAGCUGUCAAGUGGGGAGAGUGAAGAACAAUUGGAUGAAGCCACACGUUCCAGACUUCAAAGUGUUAAUGAACUAGAACAGAAAGUGAAAAAACUAAAGGAAGAAAACCAGCGACUAAGAACAGCAAGCGGUACUGAUAAGGAAUGAUACCUCUUUUUCAUGUAUGUGUUUUUAUUCUGUCAUCUUAAGUGGAAAAUAAGUGAUCUCUUCUAGUAAUAUUGCUGAAGACUUAAGUGAUUUUUUUAAUUAAAUUUAAACAAAUCUUUACUUAAUGCCUUAAUUAUUAAACCAGGUUGUUCUCUUGUAAUAGUACAUGACAGUUAUACAUGUACCUAACAUUGAUAGAAAAGUAUAAUUAUUUGGUAAAUCUACAGUAUCAGUAUACGUCACACAAUCAGAUACUCUGGCAAACCAAAUGCUCCUAAAAACUGAAGUCUAAGGUAUGGCAUCAGUUUGUCAAUUCCAUAGAAGCUGUUGAUAUUUUAGAACUAUAUGGUCCCAUAGGAAAUAAAAAUUAAAACUGCAAAGAAGCCUUGAAGAUCAUACUCAUUUGAUUUUUUUUACAUGCAUGUCAAAUAUCCUAUUUAAAAUUCUGAGUCAUUAAACAUCUGAAGCACCAAGAUUCUUUAGGCCUAUUUAUUUGCAUUUGCAAUAAUUAAUGGUUUUCUCUAAUUUCAAUAAUUUGCCCAUUUACGUAACUUAGUUAACAAAAGAUGCCCACUUAUUUAUAAAAAAAGAAUUGUUAUAGAAUACAAACAAAUUACCAUAUAAAGGUAGAACCACAAGGUGUCUAGUCCUGCUAAUGUUCAGAUACAUUGUACAUGUAUGCAAGAAUGGCAUUCUUUCAGUCUCUCCAAAAGCUAUUAAUAACCGUGUCCAUGUGUGCUUAUCUGUAUCAUUUUACACCGUUUGUCCCCACUUUUAAAUAUCGUUUUACAGGGAUGCCACUGAAGUUUUAAGCAAGCGCUGUUUUUUUUUUCGGAAGAGAUAAAUAUCUUAUUAAUGCACAACAAUUCACUAGCUCAAACUACAGAAGUUAAUAGAUCUUUGUUCGCUCUUUUACAGGAACAUGCCCCAAAAUGAUCUACAUGUAUUUUCUAAUCAAGAUUGGUUUUAAUUAAAAGCAGUCCAUGAUGUUCAGUAGGACAGCAUAAAAGUGUAAUAACACAUACCAAGUCCAUAAUGUGAUGUAAAUGAAAAUAUGAAGUGGUCUUUCAUUAUAUUGUUUACAAUUUUUGAGGUUUUGAUUGUUUCAGUCAGACAAAUCUGUCUUGAUACAUGUAUGAGCAAAGCGAGAUAUCACAAGGACUACUACCCCUUUUUACAAUUCACUGGGUCCAAGGGAAAGCGUACAUGUUUAAUCUUUAAAUGACAUAAUUGUAUGAGUUUCUAUCCCAAUGACUGAAUUAGAAAGGAUUACUGAACGCUCAAAUCCAAAGCGUAUCGAUGUAUACAUAAUAAUCAAGAGAUCCACAAUAAUGUUUCAUAAAUGUAGUACAUCAUACAAUUUUUAUAAACAUCAAUACUGGUACUCCACAGAUUUCUGCUAAAAGUAUGUGUUAAGAAAUUUGAGAUUUGAUAUUAAAAUCAAUUUUUGUGACAGUA